GACAAACCGUGCACUGCUGAGUUCAUUUCGAGGUGAUCGACGCAGCUCAUCACUAUCGAUGAUCUAUUGCUCUAUCUAUAGACGACAUUUUCGCAUGCCUAUACUGCUCUCGUUAGCCGCGAUCCUUCUCAAUUUACCUGCUUUCUUCGAGAUCCAGUCACAUGUGUGUAGGCGACGAGACGGUCGUUAUGGAUAUGGGUUGGACGUGAUCGAAGUGACAAUUGGAUAUCGAAGUUGGGUGCAGAUAUUCAUCUAUGGAGCCGAUCUCAGUAAUUUUCUUGUGAUUUUGAAUAGUGCAACGAAUUGUUUGAUAUUUUUACGAGGACCGUCGUGGCUGCAAAGGCAAAUCGUACAACGAACCACGAUCAGGAAACAGAAACUUGCCUUCAAUAAUUUACAAACAUCCCGACGUAUCGCACUCUUGCAAAAUUCAUGGAUAUCUGUACAAACGAUGACCUCGGGUCAGUUCGGUGUAAAUGUCCUGCAUGCUUUGCUGAGGAAAGACCCGUCACUUAUUGACGCCUUGAGACCGAUUGAACAAGGUGGUGAUUUAGACGAUGAAGAAGAGCCAUUAAGGCAAACGGCUGGAGGACCAAUACAACGGAAGAGUUUCGAUUUGCUUACAUACCCACAAUAUUAUCAAGCUGGUGAACGAAUAGUGACGUUAUUCGAUGAUUUGAUGCAAAUGAUGCAAAAUCAACAUGCUGAACAGGUACGCCAAUAUCAACUUUUGGCCAGUAAAUGGUUCAGAUAA